CAGACUAAACACCUGCACACUUCACGCAGAAAGGGACUGUGCUGCUCAAAACAGCAAAGGAAGUGGCUCAGAAUUGGCAGGACAACUGAAAAUGACCAGGAGGAGGACAUUCUGGGUCCCAAGUUCUGCUGGUGGUCUCGUGAAUCUUGGCAUCGACAUAGGUGAUGACAUGGUUUCAGGACUUAGCUAUAAAACUUACACUCUCAAAGAUGGUCCCUGGAGUCAGCAGGAGAGGAAUCCUGAGGCACCAGGGAGGGCAGACGUCCUCCCUUGGGGGAAGUAUGAUGCUUCCUGGAGAACCAUGAUUCCCUUCCGGCCCAAGCCUAGGUUUCCUGCCCCUCACCCACUGGAUAAUGCUGGCCUGUUCUCCUACCUCACGGUGUCAUGGCUCACCCCACUCAUGUUCCAAGGUUUACAGAAUCGCUUAGAAGAGAAUACCAUCCCUCUGCUGUCAGUCCAUGAUGCCUCAGCCAAAAAUAUCAAAAGGCUUCACCGCCUUUGGGAAGAAGAAGUUUCAAGGCAUGGGGCUGAAAAAGCUUCAGUGACUCGCAUGAUGCUGAGGUUCCAAAGAACAAGGGUGAUUUUUGAUGUGCUUCUAGGCUUCUGCUUCUGUAUUACGAGUGUGCUUGGACCAACGCUGAUUAUACCAAAGAUCCUAGAAUAUUCCGAAGAGAAGUCAGGAAAUGUUGUUCAUGGAGUGGGACUCUGCUUUGCCCUUUUUAUCACCGAGUGUCUGAAGUCUCUAAGUCUAUGCUCAAGCUGGGUUAUCAACCAGCGCACAGCCAUCAGGUUCCGGGCAGCCAUUUCCUCCUUUGCCUUUGAGAAACUCAUACAAUUUAAGUCUCUAACACACAUCACGUCAGGAGAGGCCAUCAGCUUCUUCACCAGUGACGUAAACUACUUGUUUGAAGGAAUGUACUAUGGCCCCAUGUUAUUUCUCGCCUGCUCAUCGGUGGUUGUCUGCAGCGUUUUUGCCUACUUCAUCAUUGGAUACACUGCAUUUCUUGCCACUUUAUGCUAUCUCCUGAUUUUCCCCCUGGAGAUAUUCAUGACCAGAAUGACAGUAAAGAAACAGAAGCACACAUCUGAGGUCAGUGACCAGCGCAUCCGUGUGACCAGUGAAGUUAUCACUUGCAUUAAGUUGAUUAAAAUGUAUACAUGGGAGAAACCAUUUGCAAAAAUCAUUGAAGACUUAAGAAGGAAGGAAAGGCAACUAUUGGAGAAGAAUGGGUUUUUCCAGAGCCUGACAACUGCCAUCUUGUUUAUUACCCCAACAGUGGCUACAACAAUUAUGAUUCUUGUCCAUACAUUCUUAAAAUUGAAACUCACAGCUUCAACAGCUUUCACCACAGUGGCCACCUUGAAUCCCCUUCGGCUUUCAGUGUUCUUCGUGCCCUUUGCAGUCAAAGGCCUCACGAAUUCCAAGUCUGCAGUGGAGAGGUUCAAGAAAUUUUUCCUCCAGGAGAACCCUGUUUUCUAUGUUCAGGCAUUGCAAGACCCUAGCAAAGCUCUGGUUUUAGAGGAGGCCACCUUGUCAUGGCGACAGACCUGCCCUGGGAUUGUCAAUGGGGCAUUAGAGCUGGAGAAGAAUGGACACGCUUCUGAGGGGAUGACCAAGGCUCAGCCACCUCUAAAUGCCCUCAGGCCAGAGGACAAAGGGGACAGCGUGGGCCCAGAGUUGUGCAAGAUCAACCUGGUGGUGUCAAAGGGGACCAUGCUAGGGAUCUGUGGCAGCACAGGAAGUGGCAAGAGCAGCCUGUUGUCGGCCAUCCUGGGGGAGAUGCACUUGCUUGAAGGCUCAGUGGGGGUGCACGGAAGCCUGGCCUACGUCCCCCAGCAGGCCUGGAUCAUCAGUGGUAACGUCAGGGAGAACAUCCUCAUGGGAGACCAGUAUGAUAAGGCCCGAUACCUCCAGGUGCUCCAUUGCUGCUCCUUGAAUCGGGACCUGGAACUUCUGCCCUUUGGAGACAUGACGGAGAUUGGGGAGCGGGGCCUCAACCUCUCUGGGGGUCAGAAGCAGCGGAUCAGUCUGGCUCGCGCCGUCUAUUCCAACCGUCAGCUCUACCUGCUGGACGACCCCCUGUCAGCUGUGGACGCCCAUGUGGGGAAGCACAUCUUUGAGGAGUGUAUUAAGAAGGUGCUCCGGGGGAAGACUGUCAUCCUGGUGACCCACCAGCUGCAGUACUUACAGUUUUGUGACCAAAUCAUUCUGCUAGAAGAUGGGAAAAUAUGUGAAAAUGGAACUCACAGUGAGUUAAUACAGAAAAAGGGGCAAUAUGCCCAGCUCAUCCAGAAGAUGCAUAAGGAAGCCACACAGGACAUGUUGCAGAACACAGUCAAGAUAGCAGAGAAACCACAAGCAGAAAGUCAGGCUCAGGCCACCUCCAAGGAAGACCCUCUGAGUGAAAAUGCUGAUAAUGGGCUGGAGCAUCAGCUCACGGAGAAGGAGGAGAUGAAAGAAGGUUCCCUGAGGUGGAGUGUCUACCACCACUAUAUCCAGGCGGCUGGAGGUUACAUCAUCUCCAUUUUGGCUUUCUUCCUCAUGAUGAUGAUUGUCCUCCUCACAUCCUUCAGCUUCUGGUGGCUGAGCUAUUGGUUGGAGCAGGGUUCAGGGACCAAUAGCAGCUGGGUGAGAAAUAGAACCACUGCAGACCCUGAUGACAUGGCGAACAAUCCUCAGCUACCCUUUUACCAAAUGGUGUACGGCCUCACCACUCUGCUUCUGGUCUGCGUAGGGAUCUGCUCUGCAUGGACUUUCACCAAAGUCACGAGAAAGGCAUCCACAGCCUUGCACAACAAGCUCUUCAACAAGGUUUUCCGCUGCCCCAUGAGUUUCUUUGACACGACCCCAACAGGCCGACUCAUGAACUGCUUUGCGGGGGACUUGGAUGAGCUUGACCAGCUCCUGCCCAUUGUGGCUGAGGAGUUCCUGGUCCUGUUUCUGACGGUAAUUGCUGUCCUGCUGAUUGUGAGUGUGCUGUCUCCAUACAUCCUGCUGAUGGGAGUCCUAGUAAUUGGUGUUUGCCUCGUCUAUUAUGUGAUGUUCAAGAGGGCCAUCAAUGUGUUCAAGAGACUGGAGAACUACAGCCGCUCUCCUUUGUUUUCUCACCUCCUCACCUCUCUGCAUGGCCUGAGCUCCAUCCAUGUCUAUGGAAAAACUGAAGAAUUCAUCAGCCAAUUUAAAAAGCUGACGGAUACAUGGAAUAACUACCUGCUGAUGUUUUUGUCUUCCACGCGAUGGGUGGCAUUGAGGGUGGAGAUCAUGACCAACUUGGUGACCUUGGCUGUAGCCUUUUUCGUGGCUUUCGGCAUUUCCUCCGCCCCCUAUUCCUAUAAAGCCAUGGCUAUCAGCUUUGUGUUGCAGCUGGCGUCCAACUUCCAGGCCACUGCCCGGAUUGGCUCAGAGACAGAGGCCCACUUCACAGCUGCAGAGAGGAUGCUGCAAUACAUGAAGAUGUGUGUCUCUGAGGCUCCUUUACACCUGGAAGGCACCAGUUGUCCCCACGGCUGGCCUCAGCACGGGGAAAUCACCUUCCAGGAUUAUCAGAUGAAAUACAGAGACAACACACCUGUUGUACUUAAAGGCCUCAACCUGACCAUUCACGGCCACGAAGUGGUGGGCAUCGUAGGAAGGACAGGCUCCGGGAAGUCCUCCUUGGGCAUGGCUCUCUUCCGCCUGGUGGAGCCUAUGGCAGGCCGGGUUCUCAUCGAUGGCGUGGACAUCUGCAGUAUCGGCCUGGAGGACCUGCGGUCCAAGCUCUCUAUUAUCCCUCAAGAUCCAGCACUGCUUUCAGGAACCAUCAGAUUCAACCUUGAUCCCUUUGACUGUUACACCGACCAGGAGAUCUGGGAUGUCUUGGAGAGGGCAUUCCUGACCAAGACUAUCUCAAAGUUCCCCAAAGGACUGCAAGCAGAAGUUGUGGAGAAUGGUGAAAACUUCUCUGUAGGUGAGAGGCAGCUGCUCUGCAUUGCUCGAGCUCUCCUUCGCAAUUCCAAGAUCAUCCUCAUUGAUGAAGCCACAGCUUCUAUUGACUUGGAGACCGACACCCUGAUCCAGCGCACAAUCCGAGAAGCCUUCCAGGGCUGUACAGUGCUGGUCAUCGCCCACCGCAUCACCACCAUCCUGAACUGUGAUCGCAUCCUGGUCAUGGCCAAUGGGCAGGUGGUGGAGUUUGACAGGCCCGAGGUCCUGCAGAAGAAGCCCGGGUCAUUGUUUGCAGCCCUGCUGGCCACAACCACUUCCUCACAGUCACAACUCUGCAAGUUCACAGAGUUGCUCAUCUGCAAAUUGAAGGUGACUCGACUACGAUUGUCCCCUUCUGGAGCCACUGUGUCAUGGCCUUCAUCCAGAAGUGUCCCCAGCCCAGGAGGCACGGGCCUUCAGGCCAUUGGAAAGGUCCUGGAGAGGAGGGAGCUCCUGUGGUUGGGAGAAUUUUCUGACUUGGAGAGCUCUCUCCUGUGUAGGGACCUGUUAUUGGAGGAAGUGGAGGAUGAGAAACAGCCAGCAGGGGGAGGAAUUGACCAGGAUAAGAGGAGGAAGAGACCCGGACAGGUUUUCACCACCACAACAAAAUUGGUCGUGGCCUCCAUGAGAGUUAGAUUGGAUUCCCUUCCCCUUCCCCGACCUCAAGGUUGCUUCCCCUUUGCGGGAAUGCAGAGGAAGAAACGGAAUGCAUUCUUGGAAGCAGAUGCCUGGAGUGGGGGUCGGGAGACUGUACUCAGCCUUACCCUGCACCAAGCACGGAAAGCCCUGUGUUUCUUGAUCUCCUCGCCUGUCGAAUGGGGGUUGGAGGCAGAAUUUUUCUCCUUUUCUUCUACAGAGAUGUGCUGUGACAGCCAGGGACAGGGGAAGGAUGCAAGUACCUUUGCAGGAGGUCUGAUUGUCAUUGAAGGAGCCACACUGGGUCACAGCACCAUUUUGGGUUAUGCAUUUCCUGCAGAGACGUCGCAUGAGAGCCGCAUGAGAAGUGACUGGGGUCUGCCACCAAAGCUGCUGAAGCAUGAUCGGGUUGGCCAGAAAGAACUCAUGUGA